UCAGUGUGAGCUCAUCUAUUGAAGCCUAGUCAACCUACUUAGCGUCACUCCCUUAAAGAAAACCAACGCUCUCUCUUCCAGUGGUCAUCGGUUCCCACAGUUCCUCAGCUAAGGUUGGGGCUUCAUAUCCACUUCUAUGCUGACCUAACAACCAUCCAGUACCAUGUAAACAGGACCCUGAAGCACUAAGAAUGAGGCACUCCCAAGCGACAGCCUCAGAGCAAGUUGUUGGACACGCAAUGCACUGUGGGUCUUGGAGUUUCUGGGGUAGGGCAUGACGGGACGCACGGGCGCACUGCGUGAUGGGAGAUAAAGCCCGCUAGGGAAGGCCAGCCCCAGAAGUAGAGUAGCGCAGGCGCACUUCGCUCUUUUGCAGCGCGGGAAUCUCCGUUUGUGGUGGCUUCACUUGGGCUGUGGCAAUCCAGCUUUCCUUACAGGCUCGGUUUCCUGAGCGCUUUCGGCCUUUUGAGGGCGGUGGCUCCUGGCGAGAAAGCAGGGGGUCAGUCCUGGGCCGCGCGACCGGAGGCCGCCGGUAGGAGCGGCCCGAGGGUUCCCAGGGCCGUCUGGGCCUUCGCUUCCGUCCUUCGUCGUCGCGAGCCUGCUGUGAGGAUGAACUCGGCCCCGGCCACUUUCGAGAGGCAGCAUCUCUGGAUGUACCUGCAGGCGCUGGGCUUGGAUCCCGCCCGGGUCGCUACCUUCGGCGGGAAGCCCGUGGCGCUGGCGCACCUUGGAGUGAACAUGUUUGACAAGCUGAACCGUGAUGCCUUUCAUAUAGUUUCUUAUUUUUUGUUUCAAACACUGGAUGAGUCUCUUGCCAAGGAGGUUUUCAAAGAUUGCUGGCCUCCAUUUGACCAAAAAAGUGACACUGAGUUCCGGAAACAUUGCUGUGAAUGGUUAAAAGAGAUCUCUGCUGAAUGUGGAAGUAAUUUUCCUCAAGUUGUUGGCUCACUGUUUCUUUCUCCUGGUGGUCCUAAGUUUAUUCAUCUGAUGUAUCAUUUUGCAAGAUUUGUUGCAAUCAAAUAUAUUAAAACCAAGACUAAAAAUUCUUCUCCACAUUUUGCAGAAACAUUUAACGUAAAGCCACAAGAUAUGCACAAGUGCAUUACCAGAUGCCAUGUAGCACGUAACAGAUUUUUACGUAUUUUGCAAAGAGAACAUUAUGUUACCCAGAAAUAUCAGGAAAAUGCACAACUGUCAGUUAAGCAACUACGAAAUUUGAGAUCAGAAUGCAUGGGACUACAAAACCAAAUUAAAAAAAUGGAACCCUGUGAUGACCAAAGUAAUACUCAAGAGAAAAUUCAAAAGGUUCGGUCUUUGUGGACUUUAAUAUGCGAAACGCUCAUGGUUUUGGAAAAGGAGAGAGAAGUUGUUAGUUCAGUCCUUAGUCUUGUUGACCAGUAUACUUUAGAUGGAACUGAUGUUGUUCUUAAUGUCCCAAAGCUUUUACUUGACAAAAUUGAGAAGCAAAUAUGUCAGUUGCAGAUAGGAAACGUUUAUGAGGCUGGAAAGUUGAACCUCUUAACAAUUAUUCAGUUGUUAAAUGAAGUUUUGAAAGUAAUGAAAUAUGAACAUUGUAAGGCUGACCAACCAGGAUUGACAAUAGACCUUCGCUACCUUGAAAAAGAAGUCAAACUUCAGAGGGAAAGAUUAUCACAUAUGAAACACAUGAGGCAUAAAAUAAAAGAAAAUGCCACUGCAGUGAGACAUUCUAUUACUGAGAAGCAAAGAGAAUGGGAUGAGAAGUGGAGAGAAUUUCUUGGUCUGUCUCCUUUCAGUCUAAUUAAAGGCUGGACUUCAGCUGUGGAUCUUUUGCCACCCAUGUCUCCCCUUUCGUUUGAUCCUGUGUCAGAGGAAGUAUAUGCAAAGAGUAUUCUUUCUAAGUAUCCUGCUUCACUGCCAGAUACACAUAGAGAACAUAACCAAGAAAACGGCUGCAGAAGUGAAGACCUGUGUGAUCUUGCCCACAGUCCUUAUUUGGUUGCCAGAGUCGUUGUAUCUGAUUCACCACAGCUCUCUGAAGGAAAAGAAGUAAAAUUGAAGGAGCUAAUUGACACUCUAGUUUCUAAUCCUUUUUUAACCAGGAAACAAAUUCCCCGAACUCCAGAAAACUUGAUAACUGAAAUUCGGAGCUCCUGGAGGAGAGCUGUGGAAGCUGAAGCUGACAGAAGUACAGACCCAAUUCAAGUAGCUGCCGAACCCAGUGUGGACAUGUCAGAGCCUUCACUUGUACUGCCUGACCAGAGGGAGCUGAGCAUGGCUCUUUUUUUCUCAGAUUUUGAUAAGUCUUAUCUGCCUGAAGAGAAAGUUAUUUCAGAUCACCUCAGUGGUAUGCCUCAGAAAAAUUUGGUGACAAGUCACAUAGGUGAAUCCCCAACAGAAGAUGAGUCAGAUUUGUUAAAUAAGAAGGUAAUGUGUAAGCAAGAUUCAGAAUGUACAGCCACCAAGCUUUUAGAAACUAGACAAGUAGAGACAUUCUCUCCUGCUGUGGGCCGUAGAAUAGAUGUGACAGGUUCAAGUGAAGAGUGUAUUGGUGAACCUUCCGUACGGAAAACCCUCUUAAGGGACUCUUUUCAGUUUUCCGAUGGCAUUGGGUCUAACAGUCUUAGUGAUGAGGAUUUUGGCAUAUUACAUGAAAUUCUUCCAGAAGAAGUUGGUGACCUAAGUCUCAAUAGCUCUAGGGGUUCAGAGACCAAUUUUAAACUGGAACCAAAUAGUUUUGUGCACAGUGACAUUUUUCCAGAUGAUGUUGGAAAAAGGCAAACUACUCCAGAAUCAGACUUCAAUUUACAGGCAAUUCAAGGUCGUUACGAGGCUCUGAAGAAAUCUCUUUCUAAAAUAAAGAAAGAAUCGUAUGUGUCUAAUCCUGAGACACUUGAACAACACAAAGUAGAAUUGAGCCCUAUGGCCAAGAACAUGCAAGCAUAUGAUACACAUUUUUCAGACAUUUGUGAUUCGCUUAUUGAUAAUACAAAGCCAUUUUCACACAUGUCUCUUGCUAAAAGACAACGGUCUUUAUCACCACUAAUUAAAUUUUCUUUGGUGGAGCAAAAAUUGAGAACCAUGGUGCCACAUAGUCUCGGAGAACUUCUACCAGACCUAAAAGAAGAAGAAAUCUCAAAUAAGAGCCUUGGAGCAAAAGAAUCUUUGACUUGACAAGAUGAAGCAGUAUCCGGUUAAUUUAUUGAAGCCUUGUUACAUGAUUGAAGCCAAUUUCAUAACUUAAAUAAACAUUGGAAGCAAAAUACUCUUUUUCCAAGAUCUAAAAAGAGCUAAUGCCUUUUAGCCUCUUGUAACAUGUUUUUUUCUUGGUAGAUCUAUGAGGUUAAAAUGUGAAGUAUUUGGAAACAGCAAAUGUCAAGUUUGGGGAAGCCAUUUUGAUUCCUUGAGUAAUCUUGUAAGCGUUAAAUAAGUUGUAGCUGUUAGGGUAUUGUUCCAGUUAUUAACAUAAGGAUGAGUGGCCUUUGAUGUACUUUUGAGUGUGUAAUUUAAUAACCUCAUCUUCCAUUUCAGAGCAAUAAACCAUUUUUAAAAAAUUAUUUAAUAACCACAUACUUAGAAGAAGCAUUUCAUUACAGCAGCAUUGACAUAUUCAAUAACAAUUUCCUGAGCUAAGAUGCAUCUCUUUCAAAAUUGACUGUAAAUUUUUAGAUUUACAGACAAUGAACCAUUUUUAUUGGCUCUUUAUGUAACAUUCUGGUACAUAUCAGCGAAGUAGUGCAUUAGGAUGUUUAGUGAAGACAACAGACUUUAAAGUUUGAAAAGCUGGAAACAGGCUUGAUUUUCCAAGUAUAUUGAUGCUGCAAAAGAUGUUUGAUGGAAUAAAAUGUGGUAAGUGAAGAUGAGACAGAAUGAACUUAGAGGAAAGGAAAAAGGUAGUUGACUAGACAUUUAAAAAAACUGUCAAGCUAUAAACCCAUUCAGUGGGUUGUAGGACAGAUUUAUAUUUAGUCUAACUUAGACUGAUGCUUUAAUCCUAGUUUAUAUUUAACAAAAAUAUAAAUUGAAAAACUCACUAGUCUGUCUUUUGUUGGUUGGGAGUCUGGUGGGGUAGGGUGCUGUUUUGGGGAAAGCAACUAGUUUUUUUUUUUUUUUUUUUUCGUUUUUGUCUUUUUGAGACAGGGUCUCCCUGUAGUCCCAGCUGACCUGAACUCACUAUGUAGACCAGGCUGGCCUUGUACUCACAGAGAUCCGCCUGCCUCUGCCUCCCAAGUGCUGGGACUAAAGGCGUGCUCUACCACGCCUGGUAAAAGCAACUAGUUUUAUGUUACUC